AUGCCGCAAAAUGAUUAUAUCGAAUUACACCGUAAGAGGUAUGGAUAUCGCUUUGACCAUUUUGAAAAGGAAAGAAAAAAAGAAGCUAGGAAAGUUCAUAAGGAUUCCUUGAAGGCUAAAAAAUUAAGAGGAAUAAAAGCUAAAAUAUAUAAUAAGAAGAAAUAUACAGAAAAAGUAAAUCUUAAGAAAACAUUAAAAUCACAUGAAUUGAAAGAUAUUAAGAGUACUGAAACAUUGAAGGAUGAUAACGGAUUACCUUCUUAUUUAUUAGAUCGUCAACAAACAAAACAUACUCAAAUAUUAACAAACCUUAUAAAACAAAAAAGAAAAAGUAAAUGUGGAAAAUGGCAACUACCCAUACCUAAAAUCCAAGCAUUAAAUGAAGCUGAAAUGUUAAGAGUUGUUAAAUCCGGAAAAAGAAGAAGAAAAACUUGGAAAAGAUUAAUAGAUAAAAUAUCUUUUGUGGGUAAUGAUUUCACAAGAAAAAAUCCGAAAUUCGAAAGAUAUAUACGUCCAAGUAGUUUAAGAUUCAAAAAAGCAAAUGUUUAUCAUAGUGAAUUGAAAUCAACAUUUUCUUUAGAUAUUAUUAGUGUUAAGGUAAAUCCACAAUCAAACCUUUAUACAAAUCUUGGUAUUAUAACCAAAGGUACUAUUAUAGAAGUUAAUGUAAGCGAACUAGGAUUAGUUACGCAAUCAGGAAAAGUUAUAUGGGCAAAAUUUGCGCAAGUUACAAAUAAUCCAGAAUUAGAUGGUUGUAUUAAUGCAACAUUAUUAGUAUAA